AAUCUUUCCUCCACGUCAUCGUUAGACUCAGGAAAUCUUAUCUGGCUAACAAGUGCUAGCAGGCUACUUUGCGCGCAGUUUCGCUUCAAAAUGCGCAAAUAACCACGGGGCUUUAAUCUGUAAAAUUGUUGCCGAGGUUUAAUAACACAGUCUGCCUCCUUUUCGGCAAAAAAACCUGUUUGUGUUACUGAAAAAUGGAGGCAGACGACGACGCUGCCGGCAUCAGAGCAGCGGGAGCAGCAGCCGACGAGGCGAGUCUGGAGAACCAGGAUAUGAGCUUCCUCCUGACAGCUGUUUCCACUUUUCUCUCUGAUUAUGGGUGGUACUUCCUGGUUCUUUGUGGGGGAGUUUAUCUCCUUGUUCAACAACUCCGUAAGAACAGACCCAGUCAGCACCGUGGCUCAGCUGCAGCAACCAGCCAAGAUGCUGCGUCCGUGGUGAGACGUCAGGAGGCUUUGGAGGCAGCACGCCAGAGAAUGCAAGAAGAGCUCAAUGCCAAAGCUGCAGAGUUCAAAGAGAAACAACAGAGAAUGGAGGAGGAGAAAAGACAGCAGAAAAUUGAGAAGUGGGAGAGCAUGAAAGAAGGGAAGAGUUACAAAGGGAAUGCAAAUCUUACACAAAACAGCGAUGAGGCCGCAACUUCCUCAACAGUGCUGAAGCCUAAAACGGACAAAAAACCCAUUCGAACCAGUGGCUAUAAUCCAUUGAGCGGCGAAGGCGGAGGAACCUGCGCAUGGAGGCCAGGCAGAAGAGGGCCCUCAGCUGGUGGAUGAGGUUAAAGGAGGUCAGAGGGACACGGUUCUAAUCACCUCUGACCUUUUGACCUGGCAAAGGAGCACACGAUUAGCAACUGAAUGAAGCUGUCAGCACUCACCAUGGUUCAGUAGGCUCGGUUAAGAAUAAUGCUCUUGUUUUACCCUCAAUAUCAGUCCUUUUUUACUUCGGUGGUCUUACUGAAAACCAUUCUUGUUGAUUUUAGAUGGUUUUUGGGGGGAUUUUCUCAGACCUUUUGGCUUUUAUUUGCUGUAGCAGAGAGAAUUCUCUAAGCAGCACAAACAUUCUUGCUAACGUAAUUGUGCUACGGAGAGAUUAUAGAUCAUAUUUGAGCAUUUAAUGUUUUUUCCACUUAAAGGGGCACUGGUCAAAACCAAUUUCUUUUUGUCUCUAAACACGCUCACAUCAUUGAGUGGUGCCGCAGCACACUCUAGAGUAUGAUUUACGUCUGUAAAGACGAGGUAAACUGCCUUCUAAUGAUGUAUCUUGAAGGUGCGAAGAACUUUUUGUAAACUACAAGCACUUUUGUUGCAAAUAUUUGAAGAUAUUAAAUGUUACUUUUAGCCAGAAUGCCCCUUUUACUGCAAUCCUGCUUUUGUGAAUAUCUCAGCAUUUGCUAGACUAUAGGAUCAACAACUAAUAUCCAUGUGAGAUUGACAGCUUCUAAUGAUGCCUCCUCAUCAAAGGGACUCAGGCCAGUGGGGUUGGCUGAUGAUUUUCAGUUGCGUCUGUGUGGUCCUGUUUUUAACACAUCAGACAUCAAAACGCUGUGCUGCGUGCACGUUAAGUGUGUGCAGAUCUUUCAGAUGGCUACUGCUGUAGGGUUCAAAGUACUUUCCAUUAAGGGUAGUUGUCUCAACCUACCUAACAGAACAGUUAAGGAUUUGUGUCCUCUUAAACAAUGUUUUUUUUUUUUGUAGAGAUACAUUUGGGUAACAAAGUGGUUGCAUUUUAUUGUAUUUGCUAUGCAUAUUUCACAAUUAAAAGGCUUUACUUAGCAUGCA